AUGGAGCUCAUAUUCUCUCCUGGUCCGCAUUUGUGCAGCAGAGCAAGGGAUGGAUGUUCGUCUUUGUUAGGUAUCUGGACACAGAAUGCGGAGUAA